AUGAAGACAAGGUGGAUACUCUUCUUCGCGCUCAUCUUUCCCGUCUGGCAAUUCUGGAAUCGAUUGCCGUUACUGCUGGAGCUGGGAUCUUACUUCGGUUCCGGAUUCCUAGUGCUCCUGAUUAGUUUUGGUACGGCGAAAUUCCUGUCGGCGAAAUUCUUCAGGAAGCUAGUUGACGGAGACGGCAAGGCUGUCCUGAUAACGGGCUGCGACACAGGCUUCGGGAAUCUCCUCGCUCGGCGGCUAUCCCGCGAUGGAUUCCUAGUGUACGCCGGUUGCCUGAAUGCCUCAAGCGAAGAUGCCUGCGAACUGGCCAAGGAGCCUAACAUUCACGUCCUCCAGUUGGAUGUCACCAAGGAUCAGGAGGUUGACAGUGCCCUUGAUGCCGUGAAGAGCUCCUUAGGAGACAAAAAGCUGUGGGCUGUGGUGGCGAACGCUGGCGUAGCGAGUCAUGGCCUUCUCGAAUGGGCAAGCAUGCCGUAUAUCAAGAGAAUCUUUGACGUCAACGUUUUCGGUGUAGUCAGCGUUUCGAAGAAGUGCCUGCCACUUCUGAGGAAAUCCAAGGGCCGUCUCGUCAUUACAGGAAGUGUUCUCGACGUCGGUUCCAUGGAAAUGACUCGCAAGCAGUUGAGCAUUUUGCCUCGCGAGAACCUCGAUGACUUCAGCGAGAAAGAAAUCACCGACUGGAUGAAGGCUGCCACGAUGAUCGCCGAUCUCACGAGGCGCGACGACAUCAACGAAGUGGUCGACCAGAUGGUGCUCGCCGUCAGGGAGGCCGAACCGAAGCCCAACUACGCAGCCUGGGGCCUCUGGGAGCCCGUCUUCUACUUAGUCUGCCGGGAAGCACCGGCUGAGCUGGUUGACUUUCUACUCGUUGUGUUCCGCAAGGCAAACAGAGCCGGCUUGUUAGACGGAACUUGGAGGCUGGCCCGCCUAUGGACCUAG